AUGAGCGUACAGACUGACGCGGAAAAGCGUAAACAGAUAUCUGUCAGAGGAAUUGUUGCUGUCGAAAAUGUGACUGAAGUAAAGAAGGCGUUCAAUCGUCAUGUCCAUUACACUUUAGUGAAAGAUCGAAAUGUUGCGACCCCGCGGGAUUACUAUUUUGCUCUCGCACACACCGUGAAAGAUCAUCUUGUCUCCAGGUGGAUUCGUACUCAACAAUACUAUUAUGAAAAUGAUCCUAAGAGAGUCUACUAUUUGUCCUUGGAGUACUAUAUGGGGCGUUCUCUUCAAAAUACCAUGAUCAACCUUGGCAUCCAAGGUACUGUUGACGAAGCAUUAUACCAACUUGGUCUGGAUAUUGAAGAAUUAGAAGAACUUGAGGAAGAUGCUGGUCUGGGAAAUGGAGGUCUUGGACGCUUAGCAGCUUGUUUCCUAGACUCUAUGGCGACAUUAGGUCUUGCUGCGUAUGGAUAUGGUAUAAGGUACGAAUAUGGUAUAUUUGCUCAAAAAAUUGAAAACGGAGAACAACAGGAAGAGCCUGAUGAUUGGUUACGUUUCGGAAACCCCUGGGAGAAGGCAAGACCUGAGUUCAUGCUGCCAGUUAACUUCUAUGGUAGUGUAGUUGACACACCCGAUGGAAAAAAAUGGAUUGAUACACAGGUGGUAUUUGCAAUGCCAUACGAUAACCCUAUUCCUGGUUAUAACAAUAAUGUUGUGAAUACAUUGCGACUGUGGUCGGCGAAGAGCCCCAUUGAUUUCAAUCUUAAAUUUUUCAAUUCUGGUGAUUAUAUUCAAGCUGUAUUGGAUCGCAACGUUGCCGAAAACAUAUCGCGUGUUUUGUAUCCCAACGACAACUUCUUCGAAGGCAAAGAGUUGCGUUUGCGCCAAGAAUACUUCAUGUGUGCUGCCACGCUCCAGGAUAUUAUCAGACGGUACAAAGCAUCUAAGUUCGGAUGCCGAGAUGCCGUUAGAACUUCGUUUGAACAUUUACCUGAAAAAGUAGCCAUCCAAUUAAAUGACACUCAUCCGGCUCUGGCUAUACCUGAAUUUUUGAGAAUCUUAGUCGACAUUGAAAAGGUUCCCUAUGAACAAGCUUGGGACUUAGUUGUUAAAUGUUGUGCAUACACCAACCACACAGUCCUGCCUGAGGCUCUCGAAAGAUGGCCAUGCUCGAUGCUGGAAAAUGUUCUGCCGAGACAUAUGCAAUUGAUUUACCAUAUCAACUUUUUACAUUUGCAAGAGGUGCAAAAGCGUUGGCCCGGCGACAUGGAUCGUUUGCGCAGAAUGUCCUUGAUUGAAGAAGAAGGUGAAAAACGCGUCAAUAUGGCUAAUUUAUCUAUUGUCGGCUCUCACGCUGUCAAUGGUGUAGCAGCCAUUCACUCCGAAAUCUUAAAAGCCACUAUUUUCCGCGACUUUUUCGAAAUGUGGCCUGAUAAAUUCCAAAAUAAGACUAACGGCAUCACUCCCCGGCGUUGGUUGCUCCUCUGCAACCCUGGCUUAUCUGAUCUCAUCUGCGACAAGAUCGGAGAAGAUUGGAUCGUCCAUUUGGAGAAGUUGAAGGAGCUGAAGCGCUGGGCUAAGGACCCGGCUUUCCAGCGCGCCGUUAUGAAAGUGAAGCAAGAGAAUAAACUCAAGCUGGCGGCCCUUAUUGAAAGGGAUACCGGAGUUAAAAUUAAUCCCGCGUCGAUGUUCGAUGUCCAAGUGAAGCGCAUCCACGAGUACAAACGUCAGUUACUGAAUAUUUUGCACGUGAUCACGCUUUACAACCGCAUCAAGCGCGACCCCAGCGCGUCUUUCACGCCGAGGACUGUUAUGAUCGGUGGCAAAGCCGCUCCUGGAUACUUCAUCGCCAAACAAAUUAUCGCUUUAGCCUGUGCAGUUGGAAAUACUGUGAACAACGACCCAGACGUAGGUGACAAGUUGAAGCUGAUAUUCCUCGAGAACUAUCGGGUGACCUUGGCAGAGCGUAUCAUCCCGGCAUCGGAUUUGAGCGAACAGAUUUCAACAGCAGGAACUGAGGCAUCCGGCACCGGCAAUAUGAAGUUUAUGCUAAAUGGAGCGUUAACUAUUGGCACCAUGGACGGAGCCAACGUUGAAAUGGCCGAAGAAGCUGGUGAAGAGAACUUUUUCAUUUUCGGAAUGAGAGUUGACGAUGUCGAAGCACUGAAACAGCGCGGGUACAACGCAUACGAGUACUACGAGCGCAACCCGGAGCUGCGGCAGUGCGUGGAGCAGAUCCGCAGCGGGUUCUUCUCGACGGGCGAGCCCGGCAAGUUCGCGCACGUCGCCGACGUGCUGCUGCACCACGACCGCUUCCUGCACCUCGCCGACUACGACGCUUACGUCGAGGCCCAGCAGAAAGUCGCCGACGUAUACCAGGACCAGACAAAAUGGGCGGAGAUGGUGAUCGAGAACAUCGCGUCGUCUGGCAAGUUCUCGUCUGACCGCACCAUCACGGAGUACGCCCGCGAAAUCUGGGGCGUGGAGCCCACCUGGGACAAGCUGCCCGCCCCGCACGAGACCGCUUAG